UAAAGUUGCAGCUAAAUGCUAUUUGAUUUGAACGAAAAGUCGCCUCAGAAGGCACUGUGGGCGUUCCAUACUCACACAGUAGAUGUGAGAUUUCCACCACGUGCUGCUUCGUUCAGAUCGGAGAGUGUUGUUCUUCGUUUAGAGUUAGAGUUGUGGUUUUUGUUGUUCAUCAGAAAAUGUUGCCACAUUGUAUUUUAUUACUUCGGCCUAGGCGAUAAGUUAGACCCUCUGAAAACUGUGAUGGAGACCACUCCAACACCCAAGACCCAUCGUGAGCGGCAGGCUGGCCCAAAAGCGAAAAAAAAGAAGAAAAAAGAAAAGAAACAAGAUGAAAACGUCACAGAUGGCCAACGUAACCCUAGGGCUUACGCCUUCCACUCGGCUGCUAACAUGGCCAAAUCAUUCCGAAGGAACAUGGACCUGCAGUCGAAGCGUCACCACAUACCGUUGGUCGACAGGACACCCCUUGAACCCCCUCCUGUUGUCGUGGCAGUAGUCGGUCCCCCAAAAGUAGGCAAGUCCACGUUAAUCAGAUGUUUGAUCCGCAACUAUACAAGACAAAAUCUGGUCACAGUUCAAGGACCUGUCACAAUUGUGUCUGGAAAGAAACGUCGUUUGACAUUUAUUGAGUGCAAUAAUGACAUGAACAGUAUGAUCGAUCUGGCAAAGAUUGCUGAUCUGGUACUGUUAUUGGUUGAUGCCAGUUUUGGAUUUGAGAUGGAGGUGUUUGAGUUUCUAAACAUUGUUCAGAUUCAUGGUUUCCCCAAAAUUAUGGGAGUUUUGACUCAUCUGGACCAACUGAAAAACAAUAAAACUCUGAAGAAAACAAAGAAAAGGUUAAAGAACAGAUUUUGGACAGAAAUCUACCAAGGUGCCAAGUUAUUCUAUUUGUCAGGAAUGGUUUACAGUGACUAUCAGCAGCGCGAGAUUCAUAAUCUUGGUAGAUUCAUCUCGGUUAUGAAGUUCCGACCUCUGGUCUGGAGGUCAACCCAUCCAUAUAUCCUAGCAGACAGGAUGGAAGACCUCACGGACCCCGAGGAAGUACGACAAGAUCCAAAAUGCGAUCGGACUGUUAGUUUCUAUGGUUAUGUGAGAGGGACACCGUUGAAGAGUGGAAGCAACAUCCAUAUAGCAGGUUGUGGUGAUUUCCACCUGAAGGACGUCAGUUACUUGGCUGACCCUUGCCCUUUACCCGACAAGGAGAAGAAGCGAUCACUUAAUCAAAAGGAGCGUCUGAUCUACGCUCCUCAGUCGGGAGUUGGUGGAAUUGUCUAUGACAAGGAUGUUGUUUACAUAGACCUUGGCAACAAGGCCCCACACAGCCAAGUACAGCAGGAUGAAGAGCGUCCAUCGAAUGAGAUGGUUUCAAACCUUAUUGGUACGCAGCAAACUAUUGAUGCUAAAAUGGCCCUUAGCAAAUUGGCAUACUUCCCACAGUCUACUCCUAUUGCAUCAGAAGCAGUUCCAAAAGAUCAGCCAGUCAGAAUGCCAGAAGAGGAAUUGGUGUAUACAGGUGGCAGAGUGAGGAGAAGGGCAGUAUUUGGCGAUGUUGGAGAAGCCGGUGAAGACUCUGGUAAUGAAACAGAAGAUGAUGAGGAAGAAAGUGGUUCAGAUUUGGAAAAUGAUUCAGCAGACGAUUUAGAAAGAGAGGAAGAUAAAUCCAACCAAUUAGAUGCAUUAACUCCAUCAACAAAAAAAUCUAAAAGGCCAAAAGUGGAUAUGGAAGAAUUGAUAUUUGCAGAUAGUGCUGAGGAGGACUUAGACGGUAACAAUGCAGUUAAUCUACGGCAAUCUCAAAGGAACCAGAAGAAGAGAGAAGAUGAUGAGAACCCUGGUUUACCUGAGGACUCAGAUGAAGAUGGCUCCGAAGAGAGUGAUAUGGAGCAGCAGUUGGAAAAAGAAAAAAAUAAACGAAAAAGAAAAUUAGAUAAAGAGAUAAGUGAAAGGACAGUUAGUGGAGGAAAGGUUAAGAAGACUACACGAAAAAGUGAAUUAAAGAAAUCAAUUAAAGAAAAGUCCUUGGAAAGGAAACUUCCCAAAAAAUAUAAAAUGCAAGAGGUGCAUGUUUCCAGAAAAGAUGUCGAUGAAGAUAGCGCACAUAAAGAUACUGAAGAAAAGGAUGAAGAUAGCGAUGAUAAAGAUAUUGAAGAGGAGAUAAUGGGGGACGAAGAAGAGGAGGAUGAAAGCUGUAUUUCAGAUUCUGAUGGUGCAGAGUUUGGCAACAAUCACCUGCGUUGGAAAGAUGGCAUGGUCCAGCGAGCAGCUGAUGCUUUCGUGCAGCGACAGAAGGACACCCCCAACCUGAGGAAGCUUGUGUAUGGUCUUGAUGAGAAUGAACUUGAAUCGGAUGAGGAGGAGGAACUUGGUGGAUUGUUUAAGAUUUCAGGGAAGUCAAAUGAGAAGAAACAAAAACAAGGAAAUAAUGAUAAGGAUAGUUCAGCUUUCCCACUGGAAGUUUUAAGGGACUGGACAACAGAUGAAAUGAAAGAACUGAUUGUAGAUUGCUUUGUGACUGGAAAGUGGUCUAAUGAUGAAGAUGCCAAGACUUUGCUUGAUCAAGAUGAUGAUCUUUAUGGGGACUUUGAGGAUUUAGAGACAGGCUUUAUGCACAAGGGAAAAACAACUGACACCAAAGAUGAUGAAGAUGAUGAUCGUGGUAGUGAAAGUGAUGGUGAUUCAGAUGAGGAAGAAAAAGAUGAUAAUCAAGAAAUUCAAAAGAAAGAUAUGACAAAGAAGGAAAAGUUUCUAGAGAAGAAAAGGAAACUAAAGGAAGUGUUUGAUGCUGCGUAUGAUAAUGCUGAUGGCGGGUCAACGUACUAUGAUGACCUCAAACAGCAGAUGAACCAGCAAGCUGAGCUUAAUCGUAAAGAAUUUGAGGAUAUGGAUGAUGAUGUGAGAACUCAGUACGAAGGCUUCCGUCCCGGGAUGUACGUAAGAUUGGAGGUUGCUAAUAUGCCUUUUGAGUUUGUAAAGAACUUUGAUCCUGAAUACCCAAUGGUAAUUGGAGGGCUACUGAGCAGCGAGGAGAAUAUUGGCUAUGUUCAGAUGCGAAUAAAAAAACAUCGUUGGUACUCCAAGAUACUGAAGACUCGUGAUCCGUUGAUCUUCUCACUGGGAUGGCGUCGUUUCCAGACAAUCCCGCUCUUCUCAAUUGAAGACCAUAAUGGCCGCCGUCGUCUGCUGAAGUACACUCCGGAGCACAUGCACUGCAUGGCAACCAUUUGGGGGCCAAUUACACCCCAAGGAACUGGUUUCCUGGCCGUACAAACUGUUGCUGGUAGAAUGGCUGGGUUCCGGAUUGCAGCAACGGGUGCUGUGACUGACCUUGACAAAUCUUUACACAUUGUGAAGAAGUUGAAGCUGAUUGGUACUCCAAUUAAGAUUCACAAAAACACAGCCUUCAUCAAGGGGAUGUUUAACACAGUCUUGGAAGUUGCAAGGUUUGAGGGCGCUACAAUUAAGACUGUUAGCGGUAUUAGAGGUCAGAUCAAAAAAGCCAUCAAGACACCAGAGGGCGCCUUUCGUGCAUCAUUUGAAGAUAAGAUCCUGAAGAGUGACAUUGUUUUUCUUCGUGGUUGGAUUCCAGUUUUUAUGCCAAAGUUUUACAACCCGAUGCAGACACUGCUAUUACCGAAGGGCGAGAAGGACAACUGGACGGGAAUGAGGACUGUUGGCCAGUUAAGAAUGGACAACAGCAUACCAGUACCGGUUAAUAAAGACUCGCUAUACAAACCAAUUGAAAGGAAACCAAAGGUAUUCAGAGAGCUACGUGUGCCACGAGGUCUGCAAAAGGCACUUCCUUUCAAAGACAAGCCAAAAGAGAAACUAAAUCGCAACAGGAAAACUAUUGGAAAGAUGAGAGCUGUAGUCCGGGAACCAGAGGAAAGAAGGGCUGCAGCUUUAGUUCAUCAGAUGAGCACACUCUACAACGAGCGAAAACGACAAGAAAGGAAUCGUAUGGUAGCCAGGGUUGAACUACAUAAAAAGAAGAUGUCUUUAUUAGAGGAGAAGAAAGAUGAAAGGCAGAAGAAAGCAAAACGGGAAAUAUACCGAAUGCUAGGCAAGAUGAAGAAGAAAGGAAACUGAAAGAGAAUUGAUACACAGUUAAACCUGUGAAAUAUCAGAUGACAUUUGUAAGAUCAUUAUGGAUCACUGUGAUAUGUAUUACUAACCAUUGAUCUGCUUGUUGUCAUGUGAUCUAGAUGCCACUGAUCAUGUGAGCUUUUAGAGAAAUGCAUCAUGUGACAUACAGUACAGGUUACUGCCCAUGUGAGGUUUUUGGAAAAGUGCUGAUUAUGUGAAGACUGAUGUAGGUCACAUGACCUAGAUACCACUUAUGUGAUUUAUGAAUUGUUGGUCAUGUGAUUGUUGUCAGAUGUUGUUGGUCAUGUGACCUAGAUAACCCUUGAGUGAUUGUUAUGAAUUGCUGAUCAUGUGAUGGUUGUCAGAUGCUGUUGGUCACGUGACCUAGAUACCACUUAUGUGAUUUUUAUGAAUUUCUGAUCAUGGGAUGGUUGUCAGAUGCUAUUGGUCAUGUGACCUGAGGCUAGAUACCACUUACGUGAUUGUUAUGAAUUGCUGAUCAUGUGAUGGUUGUCAGAUGAUGCUGGUCAUUUGACCUAGAUACCACUUAUGUGAUUGUUAUGAAUUGCUGAUCAUGUGAUGGUAGUCGGAUGAUGCUGGUCAUGUGACCUAGAUACCACUUAUAAUGUGAUUUUUAUGAAUUUCUGACCAUAUGAUGGUUGUCAGAUGCUGCUGGUCAUGUGCCAAGAUAUAAUACUAUAAACAUUUAAUAUUUUCUCAAUUAAAUAUGUAUAAAGCAUUUGUUUACUGAACUGUUUAUCUGUCAGUGUAAUGGUAACCUAUAGUGCCCUCAAUUACUUUAUCUAAAAUGCCUUUUGGUCUUAGUAUGCACUAUGCUAAAGAAGGAAAAGGUCAUGUUAACUUAACCCUGUGAGCUGCAGGUUACUUUGGGUGCCAAUAAGUGUCAAGGGGGUGGGGGAAGGGGUGAACGAGCGGCUGCACUUUAAAUACAGCUUGCGGUACAUAAGUUCAGUUGCUCCAGUGUUGAUCUAUAGUAAUGUACUAGUUGAUCAAAAACUAUUUGCUUGUUAGUGAAUACGCUAAGCAUUCUUGGAUAAAAUUUUGAGAGUGCUAGACAAUAUUUCUUGGCAUUCAAAUUAAGUGGUUUUAACUGAAUGCUGAAUUAAAAAGAAAAAGAAUACAGUUGAACUUGCCUAAGUCGAAUCCAAAUGGUUUUGAAAAAUUGUUGGACUUAAUUGAUUGCCAUUUAUAAUUAUUAUUUAAAAGAAUUUUAGACGCAAUGUAUUGGCUACAAAGUCAGUACAGUUUUAUUGGAGCAGAUCUCUUAUUUGAUUUCGUUUGUUCGUAUAUGCGGAUACUGUAUAUUAUGCAUUUCCUUCAUAUUUUCAUUUUUGUUCACUUUAAUAAGAGAGAAUAAAAUAUUUUUCUUGGAAGA